GAAUUCCGGAAAAUUGCGGAACAUGCACGAGCAUGUUGAAGCAUGCGAGUCGGCGCAAAGUGAUAGUGAGCAUUGUGAUCUGUCAAGAUUGUCGAGGUUGUCAAGUUGCGGCGGUGAGUUUCUGCUACGAAAUAACAUGAACGACCAGAACGAUUGAGAACGACGUGGAUUCGAGCUGUGACUACUGCGAGCAGCACUAGAGUACGACUAGAGAAGUCGACGAUGCACGAGUCGCAUACGCGAGUCGGAUCAUUACGUGAUGCUCACAAGUUCGCGAGAGACGUGUGCACUUUGCACGAACACGACGUUCGCAGAACAAUUUUGUCGUACGAGCUAUAGUGCGACGAAAGACACUUCGUACUCCGAUGAAGAAGCACUGAGCAGACAGCUCGUCGUGCACAAACUUGGUCAAAAGAGAGAGAUUUGCGAUGUCAAUGGCUUUUUAAAAAGAUGUGCUUCUCAUGAAGUACUUCACAACAAUUCUAUAUCAGAAUAUUCAUUUGAUUAUCAAUUGCAUUAUUAAUCACCACUGUAAAAGUAAUUUUAAGAAUAACAGUGUGAAUUAUAUUGUUUUUGGGCUCGCCUUUUUCCACUACGAUUGAGUACUUAAAAUUCUCUAAUAAUAAUUCUCCUUUCUGGAGAAAACUUCUCUUUUUCAAGACAGAAGAUAUGUCACUAACAGAUAUCAGUGGAACAUUAAAGCAGUAUUUUUUUGUCAAUUAAUUAUUAAUAUCUGCAAUCUAUAUCUUAUGAGAUAAUUUCUGCAAACAUUAUUUAGCAUGGAUAAUAUUUGGAAAAGCACAAGGUUUAAAUAUAUCUUUGCUUGCAUCUUGAUCACCUUUGUCACAUCAUGUAUAAUUAGCAUAUCUCCUAUCAGUAUCGAUGAGUGCAAGUGUGAAGCAAAUGCUCAACCAAGUCAACAUCUUAAGCAAAUAACUGAUGAGAUAAAUGGACAUAAAAAGAAAGCCGAACAUCAAUUGGCCAUACUAGUGCCAUUUAGGGAUCGCUUUGAAGAAUUACUAAUAUUUGUACCACAUAUGCAGAAAUUCCUAGACAAACAAAAUAUAGAUUAUCAUAUAUUUAUAUUAAAUCAGGUGGACAGAUAUAGAUUCAAUCGAGCGUCCCUUAUAAACAUAGGCUUUCUCGAAACAGAGAAAGCGUUUGAUUAUAUUGCAAUGCACGAUGUAGAUUUAUUGCCUAUGAACGAUCAGUUAUCGUACGCAUAUCCAAGUGCAGGACCUCAUCAUAUAUCGUCACCAAACUUACAUCCCCGAUAUCAUUAUUUUACCUUUAUUGGUGGUAUAUUACUUAUUAAAAGGGAACAUUUCAUACAAGUAAACGGGAUGUCCAACAAAUAUUGGGGAUGGGGUCUCGAAGACGACGAGUUUUAUGUUAGAUUGAAAGAGGCUGGCUUGAGCGUCAGUCGUCCACAGAAUAUAUCAACAGGAACGCAUAAUACAUUUAGACAUAUACACGAUAGAAAUCAUAGAAAGAGAGAUAUGACAAAGUGUUAUAAUCAGCGAGAGAUUACUAGGAAAAGAGAUCGACAAACUGGCUUGAAUAAUGUCUCAUAUAAAAUAUUGGAUACAAUCAAGAUGACUAUAUCAGAUACUUCCCUAACAGUUAUUAAUAUCUCUUUGCUGUGUGACAAAUCAAGCACACCUUGGUGUGAAUGUGAGAAACUAGUCGGAUCGAAGGAUCAAGGGAAAUCGAAAGAGAAAAAGAAGACUAAUAAUAAUAAACUCGCAACUGGAUUGUAAUUAUAAUCUUAC